AUGGUUAAAGAGACUACUUAUUAUGAUAUAUUGGGAGUGAAACCAAACUGCACAACAGAUGAGCUCAAGAAAGCAUACAGAAAGUUGGCCCUCAAAUACCACCCUGACAAAAAUCCAAAUGAAGGUGAACGCUUUAAGCAAAUCUCACAAGCCUAUGAAGUUUUGUCAAACCCGGACAAGCGUCGUAUUUACGAUCAAGGAGGUGAACAAGCUUUGAAAGAGGGAGGAGGUGGCAGUGGUUUCUCAUCUCCUAUGGACUUGUUUGAUAUGUUCUUUGGAGGUGGCUUCAGUGGUGGCCGCAGGCGUGGACGGGAACGCAAGGGCAAAGAUGUCAUACAUCAACUGUCAGUAACACUUGAAGAGUUGUAUCGUGGUGCUGUUAGAAAAUUAGCACUACAAAAGAAUGUCAUUUGUGAGAAAUGUGAAGGGAGGGGAGGAAAAAAAGGUGCAGUUCAAACAUGCCCAACCUGCCGAGGUACUGGAAUGCAAGUUCAAAUCCAACAGCUUGCACCUGGUAUGAUUCAACAAAUUCAGACUGUAUGUUCUGAAUGCCGAGGACAAAGGGAAAUCAUUGAUCCUAAGGACCGCUGCAAAGUUUGCCAGGGAAGAAAAACUGUUCGUGACCGGAAAAUUCUUGAGGUUCAUGUCGACAAGGGCAUGACUGAUGGACAGAAGAUUGUCUUUAGUGGAGAGGGUGAUCAAGAACCUGACUUGGAACCAGGAGAUCUAAUUAUUGUGUUAGAUGAAAAGGAGCAUGAAGUUUUCAAACGUUCUGGCAAUGAUCUGAUUGUCCGUUUAAAUAUAGAGCUAGUGGAGUCAUUAUGUGGAUUCCAGAAAGUUAUAAGAACUCUAGAUGAUAGAGACAUAGUCAUAACUGUGCUACCUGGUGAGGUCACCAAACAUGGAGAAGUGAAAUGUGUGCUGAAUGAGGGUAUGCCAAUGUACAAAAAUCCAUUUGAAAAGGGUCAGCUUAUUAUGCAAUUCCUGGUUAAUUUCCCAAAUCGCAUUCCACCUGAAAUCAUUCCUGCUUUAGAAAACUGCCUGCCACCAAGACCAAGGGUUGACAUACCAGAAUUGGCUGAAGAAUGUCAGUUAAUGGAGUUGGAUCCAGAGCAAGAAAAUCGUAGGCGCCGUGCUCAUCAUAGCAACCCAUAUGAAGAAGAUGAAGAGCAUCCGGGAAUGAGCAGAGUACAAUGUAUCAGUUGUCGAGGCCGAUCGAAUGUGGAAUUUGCAGUAGAAGAGGAUUCUUACGAUAUAUGCGAGGAGACAUCUGACGCGUCUCUCUUUGAACAAAUGACUUGUACCCAGCAGGAAGAAGAAAAUCAAUCAGAUAAA